AAAAAAAAUAAAGAAAUAUAAAAAAUGCAUUUCUGUUUGUAAUAGCAUUAUAUUUUUCACAAUUAUUUCUGUUCAAUUAUAUUGAAAGUAUUUAUUGAAAUAUUUUGGAUAUUCGAUUACGUUCAUUUCCAACGUCAAUAAACAUGGCGAAAGUUUUAUCAAUUAUUGGAGUAUUAGCUAUUGCUGUUGUUGGUCAAGCUUUGACCCCAUCAUCAUUUUUGACCACAAUAGACCAAAAUAGGCUGAAAGCAGUUUUUGAAGCAGCUUCACCAUACAGUGACACACAGGCUGCACAUUAUUCUAUCUUGGGUCUGAAACUCUUAGGUGCCACUAUUCCUAAUGCUCAGGAUGCCUGUAAAGAUAUAUCGAAGUUAUUAGAUGGAACAAAUGUAGCCUCUAUAUAUUAUGGGGCCACAGCUGCUGAAGCAUUGGGAAACUGUAAAAUUGAAGUGCCUGAGUUUAAGAAAACUUUAACAGAUGCUAUUAAAGAAGAUUCCAGUGUACAGGAUAUAACAUUUGCUUUUCUGGCACUUAAAAGUUUAGGUCUUCCAGCUGAUGAUAAUGCUGUCAGUAAGGCCUUACUUGCUGCGCUAAAUACAGAUGAUUCACCAUCAAGUCAUGGCUAUGCAUUUUUAGCAGCAUCUCAGCUGACUGGAGAUAUUAGUAAAUUUGUUGAUAAUAUUGAAGAUGUAGUAGCCCAGGCAGAUGAAGUAGAUGACAAGUAUUUACAAUUUGAAGGUGGUCUUUUUGCUACAGCUCUAGUUGUGGACAGUGCUUAUAAAUUGGCUGAGAAAAACAAUAAAGCUCCAACAAUAGCUCAGGAUAAAGUUCUGAAGUUUGCCAACUAUUUCCUUAGCCGUAGACAUGUUCAUCAACUUAAAUCAGCAUACUACUUCCUCUCUGCUAUCAAGACAUUGACCACCAAUAAAUUCCAUGUACCAGUUGCUGUUACUCUAGCUAGUCCAGUUGCUGUAACACAGACUGAGCCAUCAGUCAGAGUUCAAGUGACAGACCUUUUGGGUGGUAACCUAGGAGAAAUGACUGUGACAGCUGACAGUGCCAGACAUUUGGAAGAUGGAGCAGUUGUUCUUAGCAAAAAGCAGUUCAGCCCUUCAUCUGCUGACAAAUCCAUUUUUGAACUAAAUUUCCUUGAAGCUAAGCCAGCAAAAGGUUUCUACAAGCUAACAAUCAGUGUUGCCCCUAAAAAAGCUGAUCCUAGACUUAUUGGAACAACUGGUGCUGAAGUGGAAGUAAAAGUGACAACUAAAAUUUCAAUAGAGAAUGUUGAAAUAGGAGUUGCAGACAAAGACCAGGCCACAGCUGCUCGCACAACUAGGCUAGUACAUCCCAACAAAGCUGCUUCAGUUAUUGAGGCAGACUAUCACCAGAAAAUCGUGAUGAAGUUUCAGUUGAAGGACAAGGCCACUGGCCAACUCAUGACUGCUCAUCAGGCAUUUGUUCGCCUGACCAACACUGAAACCAAGCAAGAAAUUAUUUUUGUCACUGAGGCUGAUAACACUUUGACUAGCAAGUUCGAUUUGGAUGUUGGCAGCAGUGCUAAAGAGUUUGCCUCUGUGUCUGGUAAAUACAACAUGGAACUCAUCAUUGGUGAUGCUGUUAUUGAGAAUCCAUUUUCUUGGCUUGUUGCUGAUGUAUCAAUUACUUUCCCUGAAUCUGGAGAUGUCCCUGCUGACUCAUCCAGUCAAUAUGCUAAGAAGCCAGAAAUUAAGCACAAAUUUAAUGAACCAGAGAAGCGUCCACCAGCUACAGUGUCUAUUGCAUUCACAGCUUUAGUUUUGUUACCACUUCUGAUUUUACUAGUCCUGUGGAUAAGGAUUGGAGUAAACAUCUCCAACUUCCCCCUUUCUCUUAGUGCUGUAGGGUUCCAUAUUUGCCUUGGAGCCAUCUUUGGCCUGUAUUACUGCUAUUGGACUCAGCUGAACAUGUUCCAAACACUUCGCUGGUUGGGUGUUAUAGCUGUUCCGACAUUUUUCUUUGGAAAUCGUUUAUUAAGUGCUUUAGCAUCUAAAAGGUUGAAGCUACCAGCCAUUAUAUCCACUCAUACCAUAGUGGUCAAACCUGUAAAUCAGUCAAACAAACAUAAAAAAAAAGAGGGAAUUGCAAAACAUGCUUGACAAGUGAAUUAAUUCUAUCAUCAACAUCACACCAACAGAUUUGUUUGCAGAGUGAUUUAACACCUGACCUCAUCUCAUUGAUCCAAUAGUUUCAGUUUGAAUAGAAUGUGGUUUAGUUUAGUGUUAGUGAAUCUGAUAGUAAUGUAGUAUGUCAAUGUAUUAAUACAUACAAAUGUAAGGCAAACAUAUACUCAACAUACAUAUAUAUGUAUAUGUUGAGUAUAUCAUUACAGUGGUAUCACAUUAUUAUAGUUACCUGACUGAUAAUUUAUAUUUUUGGUUGAUUCAAUAACUAGUUGGUUAAAUGCUACCUAUUUGAUCUGGUUUGUAUAAGCUUUAUGAAAACUAUUGCUGAUACAUAUUUUUAAUGAUUUCAUUAUGUUUAUUUUCUAUAAGUGUUUUGCAAUCUGAGUUACAUUUACUUUUCAGUAAUAAAAAAAAAGUGUGUGUGUGCAUGUUUAAUAGAGUGAGAUGAAAUAGUGAAGUAUUUUUCAAAAUGAAGACCUUGUUGAAAGUUUGCUCUGAGAAAAAUAAAAGGCUGAGAAAUGCUGUUAUGUGAAUGGAAACAAUUGGUUCAUAUUUUGGAGAACAAUCUUGAGGUUUCUGUUCUAGUAAAUAGGACUGACUCUUGAUACAUUCUUGAAAAAUUGUUGUUAAGUCUUUUAUUCUUGUGAUGCACAAAAUAUAAACCUGAGUCUGUAUCGCUGUAAGCAGCUUAAGGGCAUUUCAUCACUCUGCAAAUAAAUUUCCAUACUGUAUUAUUUAAAUAAUGAUAAUAAACAAAAAAAAGUAUGCAGUUAUUUUGAAUACAUAUAUUUUGAUCUGCACAGUACCAGUUGUUGACAGCAGAGUUGUUUUAUGUAUGUGUGUGUAUGUUGAAGUCUGAAGAAUUAACUUUUUGUGAUAAUUCUGCAGGCUAGAUGUAUUUUUUAAACAAUUGCUUGUUGUUUCUCCUCAUAUUAGUUGUUACGUUUCAAUAAAUGUAUUUUAUGUUAUUUAAA